UCCAGCCGUUUUUCUGGAACGUGUAUUGCCUGGAGUGUUGAGAUGGGACGUCCGGCGGUGUCUGUGGUGUCUGGCUGCCUCGCCGUCAGUAUUUUCAUGACCCUGGGACAGAUUUGGAGGAUAGGUCUGCUGUCGGAUGGUCAGUUCGGAUGGCAGACUGUGACGACACCUCCGCCUGCGACCGGCAAACAACAACUUGUACUGUCUGCUGCUGGAAGAUUUACCCAGAGUCGUGCGGUGCUAAACAGUACUUACGAUUCCAACACUAAGACGUUUUACGGUAGCGCCGGUGCGGUGGUGAACAACAGCGACAUUAUGAAGUUGUACAGUAACUCCCGAGUCCUGCACCCUCCAGCGACAAUACUACAACUACUGAAUAACAUCCAGGCAGUCAGGUGGAUGUUUAACGACAGUGCUAUUCAUAAUCUCAGGUCCCGGUUAGAAAACGCCACUCGUACCAACGAACAGUUUAUCCUGACGCGGCAAAACGCUCCUUUAAACACCGACAUCAACUUCUCGGCCCAAAACGGAAAAUUCACCAUCACGGAGCGGAUAUUCGCCGCGGAACCAGCGACGUCUCCUCUGACGAACAGAACGUUCGAGACGUGCAGUCUUGUAGGGAACAGCGGGCUUCUCAAAGGGAGUGGGUGUGGCCGGGAGAUUGAUAAGUCAGACUUCAUCAUCAGGUUUAACAUGCCUCCAGUGAUCUCCCAUUGGAGAGAAGACAUCGGAACUCGGACAAGUAUGGUCACCACCAACAUACACACCAUCGUCAGCAGAUUCCACCAGCUGCACCACAACAUGGACUGGACUCAAGCCUUCCGGAACUUCAUCCGGAACUGUAACCUCCAGUCCACACACAUCCUCACUUUUCCCUUCAACGUCAGAGGAAACGGGGACUUCUUCUUAGAUUUCCAAGAAACGCUGAAGAGGAACGGGAUAAAGAACCAGGUGUUGAUGAACCAUCCCGACCACAGGAGGCUGGUCUCUGACUUCUGGGCAAAAGAGGGGCUAAAUGAACCCACCCCUACUUCUGGUUUCUACCUCGUUUCGGCAGCGCUGGCCUUCUGCAAGCACGUCCGGAUCUUCGGGUUCUGGCCUUUCCUAACGAAUCGCCAGGGGGCGCAAGUGGACUACCACUACACGCUGAACUACCUGCACAGGGACGGCGGCCUGACCAACUGGAACCACCGGAUAGACAGGGAAUUCUUCAAGCUUGUAGAGCUGUACAGGGACGGGGUCGUUGAACUGGUAACGGGCACUUGCAGAUGAUGGCACUUAUAAACACUUUCCAUCAAAGUACAACGGACAUUGGAUUUCAACAUUUUAAGAUGUUUCUAGUUCAACUAAGGACGUCCUACAGAAGGGCUUACAACUGAUGACCUUAUGAGAAAUUAAGCGGAAAGCCAACACAGUGUAAUCUUUAUCGCCCGAGGUGCCAGCCUAAAGUCUUCUAUACAAAUAGAAAAAGUUGUACUUUUAUAAAAGACUAGAUUUUGUAGCAAGUGUUUUGUUGAAUAUUCUAUUCUUGAUUUUUGUACUGCGGCACCUACGUUUAAAUUUGUCUAUGUAAUAACCAAUGUAAUAACCGUUCUAAUCCGAGUAUAGAACUGAAUCUUGGACACACCAGCGAUAUGAAAAGAUGACCGGCUUUACGUUGUAUGAUGUUUGUUUGGCCAGACAAAGCAUGCCCUACAUUUCCAAUCCGUACAGUCAGAUGGACAGUAGAAACUGGUUGUACGAGUAUUGUACAUAGCACUUCGGCAGAAUGUCUCAUAUAAGGUCGUAUUUGCGUAUAUAAGGUUAUUAACAUUCCCUCUGUAGUAUCCAAAUGUAUAUCAUAUCGGAAAAGAUGCCAUAUGCAGCUGGCAAAAUUUUGAUGCAACGUUGACUAAACAUCCAACGAAAACCGUGACAAAUCAGGGUCUCGUGCCGGCCCAGUACGUUCUGCCGACGUGCUCCAUGCCCGUAGCCAGGAUUUUGAAAGGGGGG